UAACAACACUGCUUUCGGCAACAACUGGGUGCAUACGAGGGAUUGAUUAAAUUUGCAAAAACACUGUCAAAACAUAUUUGAAGAAUUUGGCGCAUUGAUUGGCGUCGUCAAUCUUCAUUCAAACAUUUGGCUGAAAUCGCAAAAUAAAGACUUCAUUAAAAAUGUCGAAAAAACUUAAUAAAAGCGGGGUCUCAAACACAUUGUUUAAUUAUUUUGCUAAAUCUCCAGCAUCUGUAGAAAAAAAGAAAAUUCCAAGUGCGACAAACGGAAUUUCAGAGAUCAAAAAUGAUUUGGAAAAGGAGAAUAUGGAAAAUGGAAAAAACAUUCAGGCAGCAACAGAAAAGCCUACUAAAAGAUGCUUGGAAACCGAUUUACAAGAUCUAGAAAACAUUGAUGAAGAUGACGAUAUUACUUUACAAAAAGGUAAUAAACGACGUCGUGUUGUCUUGUCUGAUUCUGAUGAGGAGGAUUCUGGUGCCAAUUCGAACAUGAAUAGUGCUGGUAACGAUGACUCUAAUAGCGAUUCUGAUGAAAGUGACAAUGAAAUAAGCAAAACUAAGGAUGAGCCAAAACACAAAAAAGUAAAAAUUGAUCAGUCUAGUGAACUAUCUGUCUUGCAAAAAUUGCAAAGUUUACAAGAAGAUGCGCAAAACAAUAAAAGUUCUGUUAAAAAUAAUAUUAAAGCUGAACAAAAUGAUUGCAAUAGUCUUGCCUAUGAUGAACCCGUUGUUUGGCCACAUCACAAAUUAGAAUUUCUUAAACCUGAUAAAAUAAAAGAUAAAAAUGGAAAAACUCCAGAUCAACCUGACUAUGAUGCCACUACUUUAUUUGUACCAACAAAGUUUUUAGACUCUCUCACGCCAGGAGUUCGCCAAUGGUGGAUUCUCAAGUCGAAUAAUUUUGAUUGCGUACUAUUCUUUAAAGUUGGAAAAUUUUAUGAACUGUAUCAUAUGGAUGCUGAUGUGGGUGUAAAAGAGUUGGGAUUCACAUAUAUGCGAGGCGAAUUUGCUCAUUCGGGUUUUCCUGAAAUAUCCUAUGAUAAAAUGGUUUCAGUAUUAGUUGACAGAGGUUAUAAGGUAGCACGAGUAGAACAGACAGAAACGCCAGAUAUGAUGACUGAGCGUUGUAAACAAAUGUCUCGACCAACUAAGUUCGACAAGGUUGUACGUCGUGAAAUUUGUCAAAUAACUAACAGAGGCACUCAAGUAUUUGGCUCACAAUGCCAAAUAACUCCAAAGUACCAACCGAACUAUUUGUUAGCAUUGGUAGAAAAGGAUAAUGGAGUAAUCAGUACUUAUGGAGUAUGUUAUAUUGACACGUCCAUUGGUGAUUUUUAUAUUGGCGAAUUUGAGGAUGACAAAAAUUGUUCUCGACUACUGACUUUAUUGUCACAUUACAUGCCUGUCUUAGUUUUGUUUGAGAAAAGUACUUUGUCCGAAAGGACACGGCAUAUAUUACGAACCUCAUUGGCUGCUAUUUUAAAAGAACCAAUUUCCAGCGCUGAGGCUAUGAAGUGUGAUGCAGAAAAUACACUCAAGCAUUUAGCUGAAACUUAUUAUGCCACAUCAAGUGAAAACAAUUGGCCACUUAUAUUGCGAACAAUGCAGGACGAAAAUGAUCAUUUGGGCUUAACUCCGAAAAAGGGUUAUAUAUUAGCAUUGAAAGCCUUAGGUGAAUGUAUUCGUUAUAUGAAAAAAUGCUAUUUGGAAGAAAAAAUUUUACCAAUGGCACGGUAUCAUUUUUAUGAACCUCCCGAUACGUUGAGCAGCGAUGUUACUGUGAAGUCUACUAUUUCUAAAACAAGUUUGCCUCGUUCAACGAUGGUGCUUGAUGCCACGACACUUUCAAAUUUACGAAUUACUGGAGAAGAGCACUCACUUUAUGCAACUUUGGAUAACUGCUGUACAAAAUUCGGCAAACGCUUGCUUCAUUAUUGGCUUUGCGCACCUAGUUGCGAUCUAAAUACAAUUUUAGAACGUCAAAAUGCUAUAACAGAUUUGAUGGAUCAUCCUGAGCUCUUGCAGGAGCUUCGCGCGUUAUUAACUCCGAUGCCAGAUUUUGAGCGACAUUUGGCCCAAGUACAUCUUUUUGGCAAUAAAACAAUAAUGCAAAAGCAUCCAGACGGACGUGCUAUUUUGUUUGAAGAAAAAUUGUAUAAUAAAAAAAAAAUUCAGAAUUUCAUUUCAAUACUCAAAGGUUUUGAAAUAUUAACUCAAAUUCCCGACAUGUUGAAAGAUUGUUCCUCUGUUUUGAUUAAACGUAUCACUCAAACGUCUGACAAUGGCGGAAUAUUUCCCAAGAUGCAUGAAUUACUUCAAUUUUUUAAUAACGCUUUUAACCAUGAGGAAGCUGCAAAAACUGGAGUUGUUGCUCCUGAGAAGGGUGUAGACUCCGAUUAUGAUGAAUGCGAAGCUAAAAUUAAAGAUAUCAAUCAAUCUUUACAAGAUUAUCUUAAAGAACAAGAAAAAUUUUUCGGAUGUCGUUUGGCUUACUUUGGCACAGACAAAAAACGAUUCCAGUUGGAAGUUCCUGAGAGCAACGCUCGUAAGGCGGGUAAAGUCUAUCAAUUAGAGGGGCAAAAGAAAGGAAACAAACCAUGCAGACGUUUUUCUACAAAUGAAACAAGGGCAUUUCUCAAGCAAAUGCAGAAUGCUGAAAUGGAACGUGAUAAUAUACUUAAAGAUCUCGCACGUCGUAUUUUCGAAAAGUUUUCAAAUAAUUAUUCCGUUUGGAAAUUGUGCACGGAAUGCAUUUCAAAUCUAGAUGUUCUCAGCUCUUUAGCAGAGUACGCACGUCAGCAAAAUGUAUUGUGUAUUCCAGAAUUUAUUCAACCUGAGGAUAAUAACUGUCAACCAUUCGUGGAUAUAGAAGAGGGUUAUCAUCCAUGCGUAUCUUCUGAUACUUACAUACCAAAUGGUAUUGUACUUGGUUCUCCUAAUGUUGCGCCAUUGUCCAUUUUAACCGGUCCUAAUAUGGGUGGUAAAAGCACUUUGAUGAGGCAAGUUGGACUACUUGCCGUAAUGGCACAAAUUGGUUCACAUGUACCAGCUCAGAAGUACAGACUUUCCCUAGUAGAUAGAAUUUUUACGCGUUUAGGUGCUCAGGAUGAUAUGUUGUCGGGACAGAGUACUUUUCUUGUUGAAUUAAAUGAAACAUCUUUAAUAUUAAAACACGCCACUGUACAUAGUUUGGUACUUUUGGAUGAAUUGGGUCGUGGCACUGCCACUUAUGAUGGUACUGCUAUAGCAGUUUCAGUUGUUAAUUAUCUGGCAGAUAUUAAAUGCCGCACACUAUUCUCAACGCAUUAUCAUAAUUUAAUUGAUUUCUUUCAAAAAGAUCAAAGAAUUACUCUUGGGCAUAUGGCAUGUAUGGUGGAAAAUGAAGAUGAUGAUGAUCCUACACAGGAAACUGUUACAUUUUUAUAUAAAUACUCACCUGGUGCUUGUCCAACAUCAUACGGAUUUAAUGCUGCAAAGUUGGCAGGUAUGCCAACGCCAAUUAUCAAGAGAGCAUAUCAGCUCUCGAAGAAAGUAGAGGCUAUAGCUUUAAAACGAAAAAUUACUGCUAAGAUUCUGACUUCCGCUGGCGGAGGUUUGUCUGCUGUUACUGACAUACAAAAUUUACUAAGACAAUUCAAAAAAUGCAAUGUUUGAAUUAAAUAGUUUUUGUUGUCAUCUCAAUUAAAAUCUACAAUUAAUGGUUAUUAAAUGCUGAAAUGUUAA